CUUGACCAGAGAGGUGCCCCUGCGUAUCGCAGUUGGUCAGUGAGAAGAGGGCGGACUGCUGGCCUUCAUUUCAUUUGUCAUGCUAGAGUCUGCAUCCGCGGGAAAUGCAGAGGAAUGAGGCUGGCACAGCGCCCACUGCGGUCUGCACAUCACACUCCUAAAAUCACGCCUCGCUGGUUUGCACAUUAAUUGGUUUCGCUCACACGAGCUACAGCGGAGAGCUCACCUGAUUUAACAGGGCUAUCGCGACAAGUUGCUCGAGUGACGUCGCUGCGACUGGUUGACAACUUACAGUUGUCACACGAUGAUCAGGUUUUUCGCGCGAGCCUAAAUACGCACAGAAAGAGACUGCAGCACUGUCGCCACCACCGAGGGACGCGCUGCUUACCAGGCCAGGACUAAGUGAGCCAGUCUACCGUGGAGCAGAGAGCACGGGCAUUUCAGUCUGUGGAUGGAUGCAAGACAUCGGGAUUUGAUAGAUUCGACAUGGACCACAUACAAAUCUGAGGUUUAGUGUAACAAACACAAACCCAAUAACAACAAAACAAAACAGCAAAUGUUCUGAAUUCAUUUGCCUCCCUUUUGAGCUUCUUGUAGACCAGAAGAGCGGGACCACAGACUUCUUGCAGCGGUCGGUGCGCCCCUGCGUUUGGAUCCAAUGGGUUGUACGGUGAGCGCCGAGGAUAAAGCUGCUGCGGAGAGGUCAAAGAUGAUUGACAAAAACCUCCGAGAGGACGGGGAGAAGGCAGCCAGAGAAGUGAAAUUGCUUUUAUUAGGUGCUGGGGAGUCUGGAAAGAGCACCAUUGUAAAGCAGAUGAAGAUCAUCCAUGAAGAUGGCUACUCAGAAGAUGAGUGUAAGCAGUACAGAGCAGUGGUUUAUAGUAAUACCAUCCAAUCUAUAAUGGCCAUUGUUAAAGCCAUGGCCAGUCUGAAGAUAGACUACAGCAAUCCCACCAGAGUGGACGAUGCCCAGCAGCUCUUUGCCCUGGCUGCAGCUGCUGAGGAACAGGGCAUUCUCCCUGAUGACUUGGCUAACGUGAUCAGGCGACUGUGGAGUGACAGCGGCAUACAGAGCUGCUUUGCAAGAUCGCGAGAAUACCAGCUGAAUGACUCGGCGGCAUAUUACCUGAAUGACCUGGAGAGGAUAGCUAAAACAGAUUACAUUCCGACCCAGCAAGAUGUGCUACGAACUCGGGUUAAGACAACCGGCAUUGUUGAGACUCACUUCACUUUCAAGGAACUCCACUUCAAAAUGUUUGAUGUGGGAGGCCAGCGCUCAGAGAGAAAGAAGUGGAUUCAUUGUUUUGAAGGAGUAACAGCCAUUAUCUUUUGUGUUGCACUGAGUGCUUAUGACCUGGUGCUGGCAGAGGACGAGGAGAUGAACCGAAUGCAUGAGAGCAUGAAGCUUUUUGACUCCAUCUGCAACAACAAAUGGUUCACCGAAACCUCCAUCAUCCUCUUCCUCAACAAGAAGGAUCUUUUUGAGGAGAAGAUUACCCGCAGCCCUCUUACCAUCUGCUUCCCCGAGUACGGAGGCGCCAACAAGUUUGAUGAGGCUGCCAGCUAUAUCCAGACCAAGUUUGAGGACCUGAACAAGAAAAAGGACACCAAGGAGAUCUACACCCACUUCACCUGUGCCACUGACACCAAGAACGUGCAGUUUGUCUUUGAUGCUGUCACUGACGUUAUUAUUAAGAACAACCUAAAAGACUGUGGUCUUUUCUAAAGGACAAAACCCGACGCACACAGACUGCAUGAGUGACUGCAAUAGCCAUGAAUGAUUACUGCUUUUCAUAAUGAAAACCAUAAGAGAACUGAUUCCUAGAGGGGGAACCUGAAAGAACUUUAACAAUCACUGUUUUGCAACCAUCACGUUAUCUGUCUGAUCUGUUGUUAUUGUUUUUAUAUACUGUAUAGCUUACUGCUCCUUAUCAGGGGUUACUUGUACACAUAUAUGACCGAGAACUUUCUAAUUUGACAAAAGCAAUCAAAUAACAAUUAAGGCACUUACAUGAAAAGAUCUGCUUUUUUAAUUGCAUUUGGAAACUGUGUAACUGUAUGUUGGCCAGCUGGCCUUCAAUAAAUGAUUGUUGUAAGAGUAAAGUUUGACACAAUUAAGACCUGCAAUCUCAUUAUACCAAACGACUAAAUCAAAACACUGGGGGAAAAAAACAAACAAAAAACAUGUUUUCCAUUUUCAUGGACCAGUUGGGGAACCUCUUGGUAUUUAUUUGACUUAUUGAGCGUUCUUUUAUAUUUGGAUCUCUUAUUGUGUUUUCCUUUUAGGUUUACAUUUUACUUUGCCUUUUACUUUUGCAUUUUAAUAAAAGGAUAAAGUCAAAUGAACCUUUUUUUAUAAAAAUUCUAUUAACUUAUGUUAACUGGCAUUUUAUGAACCUUUUGACUGUAAACAGAACUUAUUUUUUAGAAGAAAACCAACAAGCAUGGAGAAUGAAAAUGGAUGAAGGGAAAAUGUUUUUUGUACAAUGUUUACACAGAAUCAAUAUUCACUCUUGUACUAUAGUGCAUUGUUCUGCAUGACUUGUCCAUAGAUUAGCUUGUAUUCCCCACAAACUGAUUAACAUUCCUUAAGUAACUUCUUAAAAGAAACAAAACAUAAAUGGUUAUGUGUCACUUUUAAGAUAUCUGCAAAAUUUUUAAGUGGUUAUGUCUGUUCCUAACAUGGAUCGUUCUGUACUUUUUAUUUCAAUCCAAGUCUUUUUACAUAUGUUUGUGCCUUGAUAUCUGUUUACACUUGUUCUUUAGAGACAUGCUAUCUUCAUAGUGUGAACUAGGGCUAUUUCUACUCCACUUCAGUUCACAAAAUCUGUCAUUUAGGAUGCACCACAAUACCAAGACAAAUGGAUGAUAGUUGUUUGUUAACAUUAAAAGUCAUUCACUUGUUAAACGUAAAUAAAGGUUUGGUCACAUGA